UGAGUCCUACUGCAUUAUGGGUCAUAUCCAAGAUGGCGGCACAGUUUCUCACGUUGUGGAGGAAAAGAUUGGCAUUCCUAGUACCCACGAGACGGCAGCAUCUUCGUCGUCGUCAUCAUCAUCAGCAACGGCGCUUCCUGGCGGGACCGGGCGAAACGUGGCGGCGUCGCGUGCAGCUGGAGGGUGACGCAGCAUGCGGCGCGAUGCAGUAAUGGAGUCAUCCAUCAGCAGGCCCCAAUGAAGAGAUUUUGACAAGCCAGCUGAGGCCCUGGCGACCAGACACCCGCUUGCUGUUUUGUUCUCAAGUCCACGAGUCCCAGGAGUGUGUAAGCGUGCGUGUGUUUUAAGUGCAACCGCUGUAAAGGGAGCGUCAGCGGCGUCGCUUUGUUUGAGGCCACCGAGAGGAACUGUUCUUUGUCCCCACCGCACCUCCCCAGCACAGCUGUGAACAGCACUCUCCGACUGCGCCGCUUGCGAGAACGGAUGCUGGCCUCCAAAAUCUCCGCCUACAUUCUCCCGGGCACAGACGCCCACCUGAGUGAGUAUAUCGCCCCACGUGACGCAAGGGUGGCCUUCAUGACGGGCUUCACAGGCUCCGCAGGCACAGCCGUGGUCACGCCGAGCAAGGCGGCGCUGUGGACGGACAGCCGCUACUGGGUCCAAGCGGAGAGGCAGAUGGACUGCAACUGGGAGCUGCAAAGAGACGCGUCGGUCAGCAGCGUGGCGGAGUGGCUCAUCUCGGAGGUCCCGCGCGGCGGCCGCAUCGGCUUCGAUCCGUUCCUCUUCUCCCUCAAGACGCAGGAAGACUACGGAAUGAGUCUGGAGUCGAGCAAUCGGAGCCUCGAGUCGAUGCCUGGCAACCUGGUGGACCAAGUGUGGAACGAGAGACCGCCCGUCCGGCCCGACGGCCUCAUCCGCCUGCCGGACAGAGUCAUACAAAGGUCGUGGCAGAUGAAAGUGGAGCAAAUCCGGAAUCAGAUGAAGGCCAAUCCGUACGAGCCCACCGCGCUACUGCUGUCGGCGCUCGAUGAAACGGCCUGGCUGUUUAAUAUGCGCGGCAACGACAUCCCGUACAACCCUUUCUUCUACUCGUACACGCUGCUGACCGUGGACGAGAUCUGGCUGUUUGUGCACACGGAAAGAGUGACGGAGGAGCUGAGGGCGUACCUGAACGCGUCGUGCGGCGGCCCGCUGUGCGUGCGGCUGCGAAGCUACGACGCCGUCUCGGAUGGCCUCAAGGCGUACGUGAGCGGCCGGCCGGGGGCCAAAGUGUGGAUCGGCGCCAAGUACACCAACUACGCUCUUUACGAGGUCAUCAAAUCCCAGGACAAACUCAUGGCCACCUCCUAUUCUCCCGUGUUGACCGCCAAAGCUGUGAAAGAUGACACUGAGCGGCGCAUCUUGAGGGACGCCCACGUGAGAGACGCAGCGGCGGUCAUGCAGCUUCUCGUGCGGUUGGAGACGGCGGCGCCGGACGGGAAGGAGACGGAGCUGAGCGCCUCCGCGUACGUCGACCGCUGCCGCAGCAAACAGAAGGACAACAAGGGCCCGAGUUUUGAGACGAUAUCCGCAAGUGGGCCCAAUGCUGCGCUGGCACAUUACAGCCCAACAAGAGAAAGCAACAGGAUGCUGACGGUGGACGAGAUGUACCUUGUGGACUCCGGCGGCCAGUACCUCGACGGGACCACCGACAUCACGAGGACAGUCCACUGGGGGACCCCCACCGCCAUGCAAAAGGAGGCCUUCACCAGAGUGCUUAUGGGAAAUAUUGAAAUAUCUCGAACCAUAUUUCCAUCAGGGACCAGAGGUGUGAACAUGGAGAUGCUGGGCCGCAGAGCGUUGUGGGAAGUGGGCCUCAACUACGGCCACGGCACGGGACACGGCCUUGGCAAUUAUUUCGGGGUCCAUGAGUGGCCAGUUGGUUUUCAGGGUAACAACAUUCCCUUUCGAGAAGGCAUGUUCACAUCUAUAGAACCUGGUUAUUACAAGGAGAACGACUUUGGGAUCCGCAUUGAAGACGUUGCAGUGGUUGUGCCCGCUCAUACAAAGUAUGGUCAUAACUACUUGACGUUUGAGACGGUGUCCUUGGUUCCGUACGACAGGAAGUUGAUUGACACCUCUCUUCUGAGCCCAGUCCAGCUGCAGUGGUUGAACAAAUACUACGAGACCAUUCGUAGGCUGACGGGUCCCGAGCUAGACCGCCAAGGCCUCCACGCGGAGAAACGCUGGAUGCUGAAAAACACGGAACCUUUUGGACAAUCCGGAUCCUCUUCAUCCAGCCCCUCCUCUUCGCUCACCCUCUUCCCUUUGGUUGUGGCGGUGUUCAAUUUUGCACUCUAAAUGUUACGGCGACGCAUAGGUUGUAUAUCAAGGGGAGAGUGGCACUGACCUUUUUGUUCAAGUUUGAAAAUGAUCUCAUGUAUAAAUUGGAUGCUUUGUAAACUAUGUAAUCAAACUGCUCAACUUACUUAUUGGAUUUGUUGUCAUGUUUGAAGUCAACGUAUGACCAGGUAAUUUGGCCCCUUACAUUAAGUAACUCUAAUGAAAAACUUGUGUUUUUGUUUUUUUUACCGACGACAAAAAGCAUACGUUAUUUGUACCCUGCUACAUUGUGUUCAUUUGAAACGGCAGAUCCUUCAAUUAAACUAGAAUGUGAUUCACUUGCAA